AUGGACCACUCGCACCAUCACUCCGGGAUGAGCGACAUGGGCCACCCCAGUGACCCGGCCCCUCCACCCCAGCCUCCGGCCACCACGGGGCCCCACUCCCAUGGGGGUAGCGCACACAUGAUGCCCAUGACCUUCUAUUUCGGCUACAGGAACAUGGAGCUGCUGUUCUCGUGGUUGGUGAUCGACUCGGCUGCAGCCAUGACCGUGGCUGUCGUGAUCAUGUUUCUGCUGGCCCUGGGCUACGAGGGACUCAAGGGAGUCCGCAAGGGACUCCAGCGCAAGGCUCAAGAGAGGCUCCGUGCCCAGUGCUCCACUUUCCUCAGACCUGACAGAACCCGCCCGAAGGAGACAUCCUGGCCGCAGCUGCUAAGUGCCAUUCACCUCCGACAGACGGUGCUGCACAUGCUCCAGGUGGGCCUGAGCUACCUGCUGAUGCUGACCGCCAUGACCUACAACGCCUACUUCGGCUUGGCCUUGCUGUCAGGGGCUGGCAUCGGCUACUGGCUCUUUGGCGGGAGGAAGGCCGAGGACAUGGAGUCCCAGACCCAUGACGUGAACAAGGUCGAGCUCCAUGAGAUUUGCAGCGGAAACUCUCCUGGCCUGCAGGAAUGA